UUGAAAGAAGUGAAUAAUAUCAGUCAAAGGCCCCAUUGCUUCGAAAUAACAACAAACCUGCAACUUAAAUGUUUGUUCUUCCUCGCUAGAAAUCAUGUUAACUUAGGGGAAAAUUGUUUAGUUUCUGUUUUAUUAGUUUAUAUCUCAAGUGUUGAAGGCGAUAUUACGAUGUGGUUUCUGCAAUUAUUUACCAUUUUGUUGUUAUGGGAGAUUAUCCUGGGGGAGUACAUCCCUCCAGGUCCGAAAUACCGUUGCCCGAAGGACAAAUUGCUGCUCCAUCCGUGCACGUGCGACAUCGAGUCCGAUAACGGAAUAUACGUGAGUUGCAACAACACGAAUUUGGCGUCGAUGAGCAUCGGCCUUAACAAUUUGGCCACGUUCGAUUUACCGAUAGAAAAAUUAACGAUUUACAAAUGCAGCAUAGGAAGACUAUUUGGAAGCCUACUCUACAAAUUAAACCUGCGAGUUUUACUGAUAGAGGACACACCAAUAGAAACCAUCGACGAGCACACCUUCCUCGGCGUCAACAACACUUUGAGCGAGCUCUAUCUCAGAAACACCAGCUUGAAGGAAUUUCCCACAUCAGCUUUCAAAAUUUUAGGCAGCUUGACUACAUUGAACAUAAGCACGCACAGGAUGAGCGAGAUCCCCAAAGACAGCUUCGCGUCCAGUUCCAUGACAGGAACUCUCUUGAGGCUUCACAUAGCAGAUGGAAACUUAUCGACGCCGCUGCCCGAGAGUUUACAGCCCUUGAGGAAGCUGAAAACUCUCGAUUUACACGGCAAUCAGAUAAAAGACCUCAAGAGGAACCAGUUUAAAGGCUUGAGGGACGUCGAGGUUUUGGAUUUGAGUUUCAACCAGAUACCCAAAAUCGACGGGUCCCAUCUAAUGGAUCUCACCAAGCUGUCUUGGUUGAAUGUAUCUAAUAACCGGUUCACAGAAAUCACCAGAGGAGCUUUCGCGAGGAAUACAGUGCUGAAGGUGCUCAACAUGUCCGGGAACAAGAUAAGGAAAUUGGACCAGAAUACUUUCAGAGGAAUGAGGUUUUUGAGGCGAUUGUACUUGGCCGACAACCAAAUCGGGGAUAUUGGCCGAGGAACGUUCAGCUCGAUGAAGAGAAUCGGAACAAUCGAUUUGGCGCGCAAUACAUUGAAGAAAAUCGAUUACCAGAUGUUCGUCGAUCUCAAUUUUAUCGAGAUAUUAGAUCUUUCCGAAAAUCAAAUCCGGGAAAUCCAAAAGUUGUCGUUCAAAGCUCUCUUCUUGACCGACAUCAAUCUGUCGAGGAACCAAAUCAACAAAAUCGAGGACGGCGCUUUCGAGAAUUGCGCCAACAUCACCGUAUUGAAUUUGUCCUACAAUCAAUUGGAGAGCAUCUCCAAGAAGGCCUUCGACGAAACAACCUACGCCACUGAACUCCAGCUGUCUUACAACUUCUUCACCAAUCUUUCACAGAUUCCACUACAAAACAUGACAGGAAUCCGAAUCCUCAACGUAUCCCACAACUCCAUCACCACCAUACCGAGAAAAACCUUCCCGAAACUCUACGAACUCCACACCAUAGACUUCUCAUACAACAACCUCACCGAUAUCUACAACUCCGUAUUCCAAACGUUGUUCUCGCUGAGAUACAUCAACAUGAGCCACAACAGCCUCAACGCCAUCAAACCCAGCACCUUCGGCGCCCUUCCUACUCUACUAGAGCUGGAUUUGAGCUACAACGGCAUGAAUUCGGUGGCCAAAAGCGCUCUCACCCGACUGGCUGGCAUGCGGACGCUCACUUUGAGAGGCAACAAUUUGAAGAGCAUGUUCCAGCUGCCCAUCUCCGUGGCCGAAUUGGAUCUAUCCAGCAACAGCAUCGAAAGGCUGCCGCUGGAGACGUGGCCCAGCAUGAAUUCUCUGUUGCGCUUGGAUUUGAGCCGCAACAAUUUGAGCGAUAAUCUGGAGAGAGGCAGUUUCGCCAAUUUGCUUACUUUGCAGAGAUUGAAUUUGAAUUACAACGGUAUGAACCAACCUCCUUACGCUGCUCUUGGUGAUUUGGCCUCCUUGCAGUACGUGUAUUUAGAGGGUAAUUUUAUAACAGAACUGGCCAGGAAUGCAUUUGGAAAGCUACCCGUCGUAUUUGAGCUGGAUUUGUCUCAUAAUAACAUACGUAAUAUCAGCGCUAGGGCUUUUGAGGGGUUGCUGCAGCUCAUCGAAUUGAAGCUGGGUCAUAACAACAUCAACUCAAUUCCCAAUGGAGCUUUUCAGGGUUUAGUGUCUCUUAGACAUUUGGAUCUUUCUUUCAAUAAGAUAUCGAAAAUGGAUAACAAGACUAAUUCCCUUCUAGAAGAUUGUCUUUCUUUAGAGAAGCUCAAUUUGAGUCACAACAAAGUGGGCUUCAUAACGAAGAAAUUCUUCCCGAGCAACAAAUACAUUCCGUACAAGCUAAAAGAAGUGGAUUUAUCGUACAAUUCGAUGCCCGUUUUAACCGUUGAUUUGACAAUAGGCACUUCGAAACUCGAAAUACUGAAUCUAUCCCACAACGCCAUCGCGACCGUCCGACCAGGCGUCGUCGGAAACAUAACGAGUUUGAGAACACUCGACCUGUCUCAUAACAAAUUGGAAGAUCUCGCCAGCGAUAAGGAAUUCUUCAGAUUGCCGGCGAACUUAACGGAAUUGUAUUUAUCGCAUAAUUUACUGGACGAUUUGCCUUGGCAGUAUUUGCGAAACGCUUCCGAAAUAUCCGCGAUCGAUUUGCGAUGGAAUCGCUUCGCCCAUUUCCCUCCACAACUCGUCGAAUUGGUGGAAAAAGACGUGGAUGUUUAUUUCGAAGGAAAUAAACUCCAUUGUGAUUGUUUUCUACGUCCUCUAGUCAGGCAUUUUCACAAUCAGCUGGUUGUGAAACAGCUGUACAAAACAAUCCUGUGCGAAACUCCCUCGUUUCUACAUAAUCAAACGUUAUACGAUUUAACAGAAGAGAGAUUAAACUGUCCGGUUAAUGUUAACACUACUCAGUUAAAGAGUCGAAUACCGGGGGAUUACGAUGUGUUACCCGAUUUGAAAUUCAGAGAGUUGUCAAAUAAGAAAAACGUGCUCAGCGCAAAAUGGAGAGUGACAAAGCUCAGUGAUAUAGCAGAUACAGAAGUAUUCAUUAGAGAUGAUAAAAAUGGCCAGAAUAUCGUCUACAAAUCAACCAUUCCGUAUUUCAAACGCUCGCUGGUUAUCGAUUUCAACAAAGAUAUCAAAAAAAAGUUGAGCAAAGAUCGGAGGUAUCAAAUUUGUUUGUUGGCGAAGAAUAGCAAAAAUGAAAUUCGGAAUUUCUACUCCGAACAAUGCAAAGAUUUGUCGGGAAAACUAUCGGGAAGUUCGAGGAUUUCGAGCACCAUUUUGUUUAAUUUAUUGUGCCUUAGCGUUAUUUUUUUCGUUGUGUAG